AUGUCUACUGCUUCUACUUCCGAAGAUGUUAAUUUUAAUGAAGGACUUAAUGUUCUUUCUUCAUACUUGCGAGAACGAAAUAAUAAAUCAUAUCGUAAUUUUUUACUUCAAAAUCGGGACACCGUCGUUACUUCGUCGCUGUUAUUCUCGAAAAACUGGCGGGAACUCGAUAACUCUUGGGCCGCACAUUUUUUGACAGAAGCAAGGAAUUUGUUAGAUCGAAACAAUUAUGAUAUUUUAAAUGAAAAGGUCAAGUUAGAACGCUUCCGAAGUGUAGAUUAUUUAAAAAGUUAUUGGGAGGAGGUGGUCCAAGAACGUAACUUA